AAAGAGCAAGCAAAGCAUACAAAAGCAUAUCCUUGUACCAAGCAAACAUCUGAAAAGGCUUAAAUCAAAAAGCAAACCUGAAGUGUCUUCAAAAAGCUCUCCACUUCCUGUCUAUCAAAAACUCAAAACGCAAAGACCAAAACCUCAAAAAUAAUGGAAGACGAGGAAGACUUGCCACCCUUCUGGCUUCAAAACACUGAUCGACGCAGCCAAGCCUCCUUUAUCUUCCACAACUCCGGUGUCCUUCUCAUAAUCUUACUAGUAAUAGUUUUUGUUUUUGUUUUCAUUAUUGUCCCUUCAGUCGUUUCUUUCACUUCCCAGAUUUUCAGACCACACUUGAUCAAGAAAAGCGGGGACUACCUUAAUUUUGUUCUUGUCCUGUUUGCUAUAGUCUGUGGAUUUCUUGGUAGAAAUAAUAACAAUAAUAAUAGCAAUUCUGAUAAUACAAGCUAUCGCCGCUUAUCAAAUGUACAAAAAGAUGUGCAAAGAUCAUAUCCAUCAACUCCUGCAAAUAGAUGGUAUGAUCAGUAUCAAGAUCGGCCGGCCUAUAGUUCCUUGAACAGAUUGAGGAGUUUCAGUUCUUAUCCAGAUCUACGACAAGAAUCCUUAUGGCUGACCAACGACAAACGCUGGCGAUUUUAUGAUGAUACCCAUCUUAAUAGCUACAGGGUUUCAAGCCCAUCGGAUGCUCAUCGUCCACAGCAACAGCAGCAGCAGCACCAGCAGCACCAGCAAGAACAGGAAGAAGAUGUUGCUACUAAGGAUGUAGCUGUUGAUACUUCUGUAAAGGAAGUUGUGUGCAUACCACCACCACCACCGCCUCCGUUUCCUCCUCCUCAACCUCCUUCACCCCCAGCGCCACCACUUUCUCCUCAACUGCCACCACCUAGGGCUGUGAGAAGGAAGGUGAAGAGAACAUAUCAAGAUCUUGUGCAUGAAAAGAGAAAAGAAGAGAAGGAUUUGGAAGUUGAGAAAUUCUAUGUACCACGAACUUCUUCAGCAACGACUUCGCCUGCACCCUCACCACCACCAGUUUUCAGCGAGAAUGAGAAAAGGAGAGGUAAAGAUUUCUUGACUUCACUGAGAAGAAACAAAAAGAAGCGGGGAGAAAAAAGUGUUGAAAAUCUUGAGAGCUUAUUGGACCCUCAACCUUCAUCUUCACUUUUCAUACCAUCACCAUCCCCACCUCCGCCGCCGCCACCUCCACCCCAUUUCUUCCAAAAACUUUUCUCUUCCAAGAAAGGAAAGUCCAAGAAAGUCCAUUCAGUUCCUCCACCUCCACCUCUGCCACCUCCAUCAGUUACUUCAUCCUCUCGCAGCGUAUUAAAAAUCGUAUCUCAAAACGUCACACCAUUAAUAGAGUCGCGUGCAUCAAGAACCACCACUGCCCAAGUAGCAGCGGUCACGGCCCAUCAAGCUCCCAAAGCGGCUAAGACAGGUAGUUCCAGCAGAGUAGAAGAGAAUGUAGAAAGCGGCAAUGUAUCACCCUUGAUUCCAAUCCCGCCUCCUCCGCCACCGCCUUUCAAAAUGACAUCAUGGAAGUUUGUGCGCGAUGGCGACUAUGUUAGAGUGGCAAGCCUUAACAGUUCGCGUAGUGGGUCACCGGAUUCGGACAGUGAAGACCCAUCAGAUAAGGACUCGAGACCAAUGGCUAGAAAGGAUGGCGGUGGCGAUUCAACGUUGGCAAUUUUCUGUCCAAGUCCUGACGUGAACACAAAGGCUGAGAACUUCAUUGCAAGGUUCAGAGCUGGUCUGAAGUUGGAAAAGAUCAAUUCUGUGAAAGGGAGGUCAAAUCUUGGCCUAGGCCUUGACAUAGUUGAAGGAGAAGGCCCAAGCUAGAAUUUUUUUUUUUUUAGAAAAAAGAAAUUUAUCUAUUCUUCUUUUUUGUGAGAAUAUAAUUUAAAUAGCAGAA